UGUUUUGAAAUUCACCAUUCACAACGAACCUCCAGAGGGACAGGACUCAUUAUAAUUACAUAAUCAAUUUGGUGCUUGAAAAUGCUUCAAAGGAAGAGGACUGGAAUUCGAUGUUAAUAUUGGAAAGAGAGUGUUAGAUAUUACGUCCGUGAUGCUCCGAAACUUGAGGGUACUGACGAUAACAUAAAGGUCUGGCUGUCUGAUCUGAAGGCCUUAUUUUCUGACACCACAUCCAACAAAGACAAUAUCCGUGCGCAAGAUGCCGAAGACCAGCUCUAUAAGCUGGAGAGAGACGAACUUGUGAUUGGACGUUCAGACAUCGAAGCAGCACUUGACCUGUUGAACAGAGCAAGCAAUAAUGGCUGAACAGCAACGUGCGUUAGAGAGAGAAACUGGGGAUUUCGUCGAAGUGCUUGAAAAUGAAGCUGAAGUUACUAUCGACCGUAUACAAGAUGUUGGAAGUAUAGUUAAAGAUGAAUUAGAGAGGAAAGCGUCGGUCCUUGGUGACGUUCUCCAGUACGAGACAGAUGUAGGCGUCCAUGCUAUACAAGAUGCUGAAGACAAAGCCCUCCAGAACAUAAAAGGGUUGAAUGAAGAUAAACAGACCUCGUUUAAAUCAGAUCUCAAGGAUUAUCUCAUCAGGUUUCACCGGGAAGACAGCUGCUCUCUAACGCUUGGUCCUGGCUUAGAUUUGGCAGAUUCGGGGCUUGAGGACAUCUAUAUUCCACCAAACAUUAGUAGGGUUGAUCUACAGUCAAUUCAUAGAGCCAAGACAUCAAAAGAACACACCACAGAACCUCUCAGGAAUUUGGAACAGUUGUUCAGUUCAACAGGUAUCAUAUUUCUCACCGCAGACGCUGGUGUCGGAAAGACAUCAUUUUGUAAGUUUUUAGUUUUAUCAUGGUGUAAUGUACAGGAGGGAACGACCGAUCUGAAAUCGAAGGUUUGUGGCACCCAAAACGUUUCUAGCGAUAUUGAGUAUUUGAAGGAGUUUACAUAUUUGUUUUACAUCAGUUUGCGUGGGAACCAAUGCGAUAAAUUAGAAGAUAUUAUUUUCUCGCAUACGGAAUCUGUUCAUACAAAGUUAACGAAGGAUAAUAAGGCCUUUGAUCAUAUGUUAGGUAACGAAAACGGGUUGUUCAUAUUAGACGGCUUAGAUGAAUCUUACAUUCCUUCUAUAAAGCCCCCUGCUUUGGAUAGAAAGUAUACUGUUCUCAUUACAUCACGUCCUUGGAAACUUGCAAAUAUAAAUAUGCCAAGAAAAUACACACAUGCGAAAAUUGAAGCUAUGAAACAAGAUGUGUCCAUACAACUUGUGAUGCGUGCGAACGAAUGUUUGAACAAGCAUUUCAAAACAUCAUAUGAGACGGUUGAUUUCUUUAACGUCAUUAAAGCUCAUAGUUUAGAAGCUCACCUCCAAAAUCCAAUGUUAAUACUGCAGUUGCUACGUAUCUAUCACGAUAAACGCAGUGAGAAUGAAACAUGGCAGGAUAAUGCGACAGUGGGCAGUUCAUGUACAGAGUACGAUGAAACAUUAUUAUCUCAUAAGAAGGAUUUGACGAACCUUGGUACGACAAGAUCGCAUGUAUACGCAAAUAUGUUAGAACUGAUGUUACGAAGUGUCGAAAAGAAGGAGGAUUCACUCGUACAAUAUCUAACGGAGUUAUACGAGAACAAUAGUCAAACACAUGCACUUCCCAAAUGUUUUGAUGAAAUAAAUUACAUAUGCAGUGGUUUAGCAAAACUACUUCACGAUAUUGGCAAAGUGGCUGCCUUUUCAAUCUUAGACGAUAAUAGAUCUUUAAUAGAAGAACACCAAAUAAGGAAACUUAGGAAAGAUGAAACGACGGUACUUCUCAAAUCUGGACUUCUUUCGAAAACAAGCUUGAAAACUAUAUCAGGAGAGAGCAAUGUGUACACAUUUUUACAUCAGACUUAUAAAGAGAUGCUAGCUUGUGUGUUUCUAUCAUCGCAAGAUUUCGAUAGUGAUGUAUGGAGAAAGUUGAUACAAACUUUUAAUUCUGUUAUGUCACCCGAUAUGUUGUCUUUUUUAUGUGUCAUGAACUACGAAAAUGGUCGCAAGUGUUUAGAUAUAUUUAAUGAAAGGAAACGGGUGUUUUAUAGAGAUGGCGCAUUUUACAUAUCCGAACUAAUUGCCUAUCAAACAACAAUUAAAAUGACCCACAAAGAAUGUUUUGACAAUGGAAUUAAAGAGCCACGAAUUACGUUGAAACACGCACUGCUUGACCCAGAUUCAGGCAUUGGAACUGAUCAUGCACUUUUGCAAGGAAGCGGUCUUGAGUUGGAAACACUUUUCAUUAGCAACUAUUCAUUUACCACAGCAAUAGAACCGAACUUGUUCUCAAAUUCAUUGGUGCACUUACUGGUAAAAGAUGUUAAGUUUCGCGAUGACCAUAUCGUACUUUCGAAAUGUACACAUCUCUCAUUAAUAACUAUACAGAACACCCGUCUGUCCCGUGUAACAAUCAACCCGUCUUCCCUAGAGGAGUUCUGGGUUUACGUGAGGCCUGAAAUGAUACAAGAAAUACCGCCCAUGAAGUUGUCCUUUGUUGGCGGGUCGCAAUUCUCUUCCAAUCUUAAAGAACUCAGCUUAGUGCACGUGACCAUGGAUGUUCCCCUUGAUUUGGCAAAUUGUCCGCAAUUACAGAAAUUAGUUAUGGAAAAUACCUCAUCCGAUUCUGUAACAGGUAUAUGCGUUGUACGUAGCAUGCAACGUUGUGAUGCACUUCAGGAACUGCGGGGUGUCGCAUUGACAUUUCCUGCAGAUACUCACCUGGAUCUCAGCGGUCUCACACAUCUCUCAAACAUAUCUAUACAGAACACCCGACUGUCCCGCGUAACCAUCAACCCGUCUUGUCUAGAGAAGUUCUGGGUUUACGUAAAGCCUGAACUAAUACAAGAAAUACCACCGGUGAAGUUGUCCUUUGUUGGCGGGUCGCAAUUCUCUUCCAAUCUUAAAGAACUCAGCUUAGUGCACGUGACCAUGGAUGUUCCCCUUGAUUUGGCAAAUUGUCCGCAAUAUCAGAAAUUAGUUAUGAAAAAUACCUCAUCCGAUUCUUUAACAGGUGUAUGCGUUGUACGUAGCAUGCAACGUUGUGAUGCACUUCAGAAACUGCGGCUUGACACAUUGACAUUCCCUGCAGAUACGCACCUGGAUCUCAGUGAAUUCACGUGUUUGACUGAUAUAGCAUUGGUAAGAUUAACGACGGAUAUAACCGUUCAGUUUCCACAAAAUGUGCAUAAAAUAUUCAUAGACGGUGUAACCUUCGGCAAAAAUACACACCUGGAUCUCAGUGAAUUCACGUGUUUGACUGAUAUAGCAUUGGUAAGAUUAACGACGGAUAUAACCGUUCAGUUUCCACAAAAUGUGCAUAAAAUAUUCAUAGACGGUGUAACCUUCGGCAAAAAUACACACCUAGAUCUCGGCAGUCUCACACAUCUCUCAAACAUAUCUAUACAGAAUACCCGUCUGUCCCGCGUAACCAUCAACCCGUCUUGUCUAGAGAUGUUCUGGGUUUUCGUAAAGCCUGAACUAAUACAAGAAAUACCGCCCGUGAAGUUGUCCUUUGUUGGCGGGUCGCAAUUCUCUUCCAAUCUUAAAAAACUCAGCUUAGUGCACGUGACCAUGGAUGUUCCCCUUGAUUUGGCAAAUUGUCCGCAAUUACAGAAAUUAGUUAUGGAAAAUACCUCAUCCGAUUCUGUAACAGGUAUAUGCGUUGUACGUAGCAUGCAACGUUGUGAUGCACUUCAGGAACUGCGGGGUGUCGCAUUGACAUUUCCUGCAGAUACUCACCUGGAUCUCAGCGGUCUCACACAUCUCUCAAACAUAUCUAUAGAGAACACCCGACUGUCCCGCGUAACCAUCAACCCGUCUUGUCUAGAGAAGUUCUGGGUUUACGUAAAGCCUGAACUAAUACAAGAAAUACCGCCGGUGAAGUUGUCCUUUGUUGGCGGGUCGCAAUUCUCUUCCAAUCUUAAAAAACUCAGCUUAGUGCACGUGAACAUGGAUGUUCCCCUUGAUUUGGCAAAUUGUCCGCAAUUACAGGAAUUAGUUAUGGAAAAUACCUCAUCCGAUUCUGUAACAGGUAUAUGCGUUGUACGAAACAUGCAACGUUGUGCUGCACUUCAGGAACUGCGGCUUGACACAUUGACCUUCCCUGCAGAUACUCACCUGGAUCUCAGCGGUCUCACACAUCUCUCAAAGAUAACUAUACAGAAUACCCGUCUGUCCCGCGUAACCAUCAACCCGUCUUGUCUAGAGCGGUUCUGGGUUUACGUAAAGCCUGAACUAAUACAAGAAAUACCGCCCAUGAAGUUGUCCUUUGUUGGCGGGUCGCAAUUCUCUUCCAAUCUUAAAGAACUCAGCUUAGUGCACGUGACCAUGGAUGUUCCCCUUGAUUUGGCAAAUUGUCCGCAAUUACAGAAAUUAGUUAUGGAAAAUACCUCAUCCGAUUCUGUAACAGGUAUAUGCGUUGUACGUAGCAUGCAACGUUGUGAUGCACUUCAGGAACUGCGGGAUGACACAUUGACAUUCCCUGCAGAUACGCACCUGGAUCUCAGUGAAUUAACGUGUUUGACUGAUAUAUCAUUGGUAAGAUUAACGACGGAUAUAACCGUUCAGUUUCCACAAAAUGUGCAUGAAAUAUUCAUAGACGGUGUAACCUUUUGCAAAAAUACACACCUGGAUCUCAGCGGUCUCACACAUCUCUCAAAGAUAGCUAUACAGAAUACCCGUCUGUCCCGCGUAACCAUCAACCCGUCUUGUCUAGAGCGGUUCUGGGUUUACGUAAAGCCUGAACUAAUACAAGAAAUACCGCCGGUGAAGUUGUCCUUUGUUGGCGGGUCGCAAUUCUCUUCCAAUCUUAAAGAACUCAGCUUAGUGCACGUGACCAUGGAUUUUCCCCUUGAUUUGGCAAAUUGUCCGCAAUUACAUACAUUAGUUAUACAAAAUACCUCAACCGAUUCUGUAACAGGUAUAUGCGUUGUACGUAGCAUGCAACGUUGUGAUGCACUUCAAGAACUGCGGGAUGACGCAUUGACAUUUCCUGCAGAUACUCACCUGGAUCUCAGUGGUUUUACACAUCUCUCAUCAAUAAAUAUAGAGAACACCCGUCUGUCCCGCGUAACCAUAAACCCGUCUUGUCUAAAGAUGUUCUGGGUUUACGUGAAGCCUGAACUGAUACAAGAAAUACCACCCAUGAAGCUUUCCUUUGUUGGCGGGUCCAAGUUCUCAAGCAAACUUACGAAUCUAAGCUUAAUACAUACAACGGGUAUUCAUAGCGUAGAUUUAUCGGAAUGUGUUCAGUUACAAACACUCAGAACAAGUCAUAUAUUACAAAUAGGGACAUUAGGCCUUCCGCGUCUAGAGGAGGUUCGAUUGUUUGGUGCACAAACAGAAGUUUGCAACAAUUUUUUACAGUUCAUAUCUGAAAGCAGUUGCCCUUGUAGAAGAAUAUGGUUUGAAAACCUAUCUCCGGAAAUAUUCAGUUCAUUGACUGUUAGUCGAACAUAUACGGAGAAGUUGGAAUCAUUCAAGUUUCGCUUAAUAUAUUUUGACAUAAAUGUAUUUGAUUUUAUCAAGAUGACCGGUGUGAAAAAGGUUGAAUUUGCAGAGGUGAAAAUAGUUAAAGCCCAGCAGCUUGUAGCCUUACUGACAUGUACAGAGCCUAUUCAGGCCUCAGACAAUACUGCAGGCGGAACGGUCGAACUGCCAGUCGGGCUCCGUGUAUCAGAUAUCAGUUUCUCUGAAUGUCCUGUUCUGGGUUCUACAGUUGAGGAAGUAGAUUCGGCGAUUGAAUGUUUACGACAGGUUUGGGAGAUCAAGGAAGUCAAGAUAAAAACACAGCAGUCUAGCAUUUCCAACACCGUCUGCGGUGAAGACAUUAUUAUCAAGAACCACACUGUGUUGAAGAGUUUGCAGCUGAAAUCAAAUUAACUAAAGUUCGCAUUGGAUUGAAUUCUAGAUAGUGCAUCUUUUAUUUUAACGAUCCGGCGAAAUGAAUAGUUUCACCAUUUAUUGUUUGUACGUAAAGUUUCUUCUUAAAUAGUCAUAAUUGCUUUCAUCUUAAAUAGUCAUUUUCCGUAUCGUCGUACAUAGUCAUAUUCCGUUACGUCUUACAACGUCAUAUUCCGUUACGUCUUACACAGUCAUAUUCCGUUGCGUCUUACAACGUCGUUACGUCUUACAUAGUCAUAUUCCGUUACGUCUUACAACGUCAUAUUCCGUUACGUCUUACAUAGUCAUAUUCCAUUACGUCUUACAUAGUCAUAUUCCGUUACGUCUUACAACGUCAUAUUCCGCUACGUCUUACAAAGUCUUUCUCCGUUACGUCUUACAACGUCAGAUUCCGUUACGUCUUACAUAGUCAUAUACCGCUACGUCUUACAACAUCAUAUUCCGUUACGUCUUACAUAGUCAUAUUCCGUUACGUCUUACAACGUCAUAUUCCGUUACGUCUUACGCAGUCAUAUACCGCUACGUCUUACAACAUCACAUUCCGUUUUGGCUUACAAACUCAUAUUCCGUUUCGGCUUACAAAGUCAUAUUCCGUAUUGUCUUAUAGAGUUGUCCCCUGUUUAAUCGCAGAAUUGGGUGCCAAAACCUUUCAGAUGUUUUUUUUACAUAUUUUGUAGAUAUUUUGACAUCACGCAGGAUAAAUUUUGUACAGCGAGCUUUUGUUGUAUUUUUACUUUGUACUGUUUUUGUAUCUGCCUGGCGAUUAUAUUGAAAUUUUGAUUUCCAAACAAAUAAAAUUUUGAUUUCCAAACAAAUUGUAUCUUUUAAGAAACAUAUAACAGUGGCGUUAGCUUCAUAUUUAGUUAGCUAAAACAUAAGAAUAUUCAUUUUUGGUGUGAUUCAUCUGUCUAUAGAACAUGUUUUUAUAUCACGUUUCAAAUAUUUAAAAAGAGCGUUUACAAAAUUAGAGAAAAAAUAAGUAACUUUUUUAUACUUAUGUCACAAAGUAACUCAAUUGAAAUGCAAAAAGGAUAUUACAAAAAAAUACAUGCUGAUAUAAAGUUUGGAACCUAAAAGUAUGAAUGCUAGUACAUUUAUGCGUGUACUUUAUGUUUUUGCAGCGUUUACGAUAGUUUUGUGCGUUUAUUAGUGUUCAAUGUUUUUACAAAUGAAAACAUUAAUAAGCAAAUAUUAAAGGGACCAAAAAAGGGUCAGAAGUUCCCACUAAAUAUUUAUUGUAAAUUGUUUUUUGAAAAAGAUGCGCUUUUUUCCAAAAAAAGUAAUAGUAACGAUAUUGAAAGUAGAUUGUUUUAUACUUCGCCUUUUAAAAUUUUGUUCAAAGCAGUAUAUGCCAGUAAUCGUUCUUGUGUUCGCGUAAUAAUAUGUAUAAGAACUCGAUUUCAAGUUUAAUAAAAUCUUUGAGUGAGUCUCUUUAAAAAUGUUGUGCAUGCAGUUUUCUUGUCUGUAUAUUGUAUAUAUUGAAGACAUUCUAGUGACAAACAAACAUUGAUAAAAACUGAAACCGAUUUGUAUUUUAUAUUUUGAAAAUCAUUUUACUUUAGAUAUUCCUUUUUUUAUAUUUCAACACAGUUAUAUUCAUCAUUAUUGUUACUGUUUGGAUCUGUGGAAAAGAUAUUCUAUUUACAGGAAUAGUGUAUUUUGUUAAUUCGUUGUAUUAAAGCUGCACUCUCACAGAUUGAUUGUUUUGACUUUUAUUUCUGAAAUGAGCCAAUCUUAGCCUUUUCUACUGGAAAUCAGUUACAUAAGACUGCUGAAAAAAGAGCAGACCGUUGUUUUCAUUUUAACGUAAAAUUGGUGCUUUAUGGCUAGAAUUGUUACUAAUGCUUUAAGAAAUAUAACUUUAUCGGCUGUUUUCCAAACAAUUGAGAACAUUUCUGUUGUUAGUUGUCUUUUAUGACUGUAUUAAGGCAUUGGUACCAACUCAGUUAAUUCUGAGGCAAAAUAAAUAAAACAAAAAUAAAACAUUUGUGAGAGUACAGGUUUAAAGUUACUUUGAAAUGUUUUACGAAAAGUCAUCGUCGGAUACCCACGGGAGACCUAUUUAUCUGUUGCAUGGAGUGAGCGGAAUGUGUAAGUCGUGGGUCUCCGACGGUGACAAGACUCUGUAUAAACAGUUAUGUUUGCGACUAGUUUGUAUACAGUGUUCAUUUCAAUGCUCUACUGAAAGCAAUAAAAACACUAUUAAAAUAAAAUAAAGAUUUACCAUCAUUUUGAACCCAUAUUAUGUAUUGAUAAUGGACUCAGUAUGAAUGCUAAAACUUAAGUGGAACCUUCUGUUAUAUUUUGUCAAUCAAGAUUCAACUUGCGCUCAUGUGUCAUAGGUUGUGUUAACUUGUAUACAAUCGAACCCCGUUGGCUCGAACUCCAAGGGACCAGUGAAAAAACCUCGAGCCUCGGAAAUCUCGAGCCAAGCGGGAAUGCCUUUGUUUAGUAUAAUAUAGAAAUCGGUCCUAAACAUUCAGUUCGAGCCAACGAGGAAUUCGAGCCAAGCGAAUUCGAGUCAACGGGGUUCGACUUUAUAAGAAAAUAUUUUGGAUGCAAACAAUUUAAUUCAUAAUAUUAACUAAACAUGCACUAUGAACAUAUAUUUGUUACACAUGUAAAAUGUUUACAAAUGUUAUGUACAUGUAAUACAAGUUCUUGUUGAGUUUUAUAUUUAUAAUAAUGUCAAAAAUAAAUGCAACAAGCAUUUAUAUUCAUAAAAUUUGAUAGUAAUAUUGUGUACUAAACAUGCAUUAUCUAAGAUUGUUUUGUCAAACAUGUAGUUAUUUUAGCAAAUGUUAUGUACAUGCACUACCAGUUCCUCAGUGGAUCGAUAUUGACUUCAUGUAUUGUAUAUAAUCAUGUUUAAAUAAUGCAAGGAAUAUUCGUGAUCAAGAAUUGUUUGUUAGUAGUCCAUGCCGUUAUUUUUUCAUGGCGAUCAUUGAUAAUAAUGUAUUAUGAAAUAUUAUUUGUUAUACAUGCAUAUGCAAAAAGUAUUUUUUUUUGCAAGAAAUGAUGCAAAAUAAAAUGUAUUAAUAAAUUAUCUUUAUUGA